AACAAGCAUUGGACUUGGAUUUAGGAUCAUAGCAAUCAAAGUGAAGAAAGAGAAAAAUGGCAGAAGAAGGAGAAGUGAUAGGUGUUCACAGCGUGGAGGAUUGGAAGAAACAUAUGGAGAAAGGAAAUAACUCCAACAAUCUGAUUGUUGUUGAUUUUACUGCUUCUUGGUGUGGUCCAUGCCGAUUCAUUGCACCAAUUUUGGCAGAGCUUGCUAAAAAGAUGCUACAUGUCACCUUCCUUAAGGUUGAUGUGGAUGAAUUGAAUACUGUUUCUCAGGAGUGGGGAGUUGAAGCUAUGCCAACAUUCUUGUUCUUGAAAAAAGGAAAGUUAGUGGACAAGCUUGUGGGUGCUAACAAGGAUGAGCUGCAACUGAAAAUAGUCAAGUAUGGAGGAGAAAAAUAUAGCCGUCUUUGAGGGUGUGUAAGACGAACUACUACAUAGAACAUAAAGUUUGACACGUUUAAACUGUUGAUAAAAAGGGUCUCGCAAAAUAGUUAUCGCAAUUAAACCAUGCAAAUAUAUGAUUUUUAUUUGAUUUGCCACAUUUAAAUUGUGGUUAACCUACACACUUUUCCUGGAGAAAAAUGUUGUAAGUUUUAUAUAAUAUGAACAAUUUUUUUUUAAAAUUUCGAGUCAAUUUGCAUUUUUCUAUUUUUAAGUUUGUUUGUCUAUUUUCAUUAUGGUUUAGAAUUUAGAAAUUGUUCCUGAAGAACAAUGUGAUGACUUCUUUAUAGUGCUGGGAGAAGCUACAAUAUAUCUAAGGUUUUGCGUAUUUGGGAUUGCUUGCUUCUACUGUUCCUAGGCUACCUUCUUUAUAAUGUUGGGCUUGAUAUGGAAUUAUCUUGUAUUCAUGGUUAUUCAUUGUCCCGGUUUCUUUCUCAUGUGGAUAUCAUGAAGGGCAUUGAUCACAUUUAAUGAGGGUGUCUCAUGGCUUUCAAGGGCGGUUUGAUAGGAGGCGGGGUGUCUGGGUAAUUCAGGAUGUACGUCCAGAAGUAUAUAAGCCCCCCAAGCGUGAGGCCUGGUAAGGGCGAAGCACUUUAAGUCACUUGAAGAUUUAGGACUCUACUCCGAGAUAUGCAUCCCCCUGUUGGAUCUUCAAGUAAGCGAUCUUGGGUAAGGAAGUCCAGUAUGAGUACUGUUCAAUUUUUCCCUGCCUCAAUUAUGUAACACCCUUCUAAACCCUGCGGAAAACUUUUCAAAAAUCAGAGUAAAACAUGAGAAAGGGCAUUACAACUCCAAUAAAAUAAAUAAACAUUCAUGUCAUGCCAUAUAAGGAACGAUAAACCAAAAUUAUUCAGGUAGCAUGUUAACACAGCGGAAUAUUCUUAACAACUGAAUAAUCAAACAACCGGAGUCAUAGACUCAUAAUUCAACCAUAAACCAUAAACAAACAGAAGUUUAUCAAACAACUCUAAAAUAACGUUCCCGGUGUUACACGACCAGAGCAUGACACAGACCCAACUGACUCUAACGAACUACUUGACGAGCUAAUCCUCACCAAGUACACAAGCUACUCCUC